UGCGUCUCCAUCUUGGAACGGACAACAAUAUUCUUGUCAACAAUAUCUUGCGGCGACACUGUCCUUUAUUCCUGCUCACCAUUUAAUCGUCUCUCAUUCAUGAUAAUCUGUGCUCUCUGAUUUCGGUCUCCUUGCGUGCCAACAAACCAAGGUCGUGGCCUUCCCGCAAGAAGUGCGUUGACCCUUGCCUGAAACAGACUGGCUGAGACAGUACCCCGCCACCAUGUUUAUGAUCAAGAACGUCAGCAAGUACCUCUUUGGGGACGCAUCUAAGGAAGUCAUCGCCGAGAUCCCUCAAGGGCAGCUUUACCUCGUUCGGCCACUAUCGCCCAAAGGAUAUUCCGAGCUCAUCUACAAAGACGCCGUUGCGACCAUCAGAAGGACUGGGCAGGAAUAUCAAUAUCAGCUAGUUAUCCAACGAGCAUACGAAGAGGGAGAGGAAGAGCUUGCCGAGGACGACGAAGAUGCUGGUGUGGAAAGCUUAGAUAAGGACGAAAAGACUUUCCUUCUAGACGAGAGCCUACACUUCAGGUGCGAAAAGAGAUCUGGCGGUGAAUCGGUUCUUGCCUGGCGCGACCUGAGUGGCGAUCCAGGGGAUCUCUACGAAUUCGUUUGUGACGCUUCAGUCGGAGAAGAGAAGAUACAAACAUUUCUCCUGGCGGCCAUUGAUUGCCAAUACGAACGAAAAUACCGGCAGUCCUCUCAAAGAGCAACCGAAGCCGAACUCAAGGAGUUCUACUUUGAGACUGACGACGCAAUCCCGCCUGCAAGUCCAGUUUCUGCUUCUAUAGCCGACAUGCCGACUUCCAAAGAAUCAGCUGAACGCAUGGCCAAAGAUGUCAAGACAACUCCCAAGAAGGCAAACACUGGCAAGGCAAGAGAACCUACAGGAGGUGCGACGGUAGCGCCAGAGGCUCGGACUGCGCCGAGCUCCGGGACUGUCCUCACCAAACAAGCUGGGGAGUUACAUCUCUUCGACUUUAACUCUGCAACCUUCAUUCUCCAGGAUCCGUCUGUGGUUGCUGUCGUCUCUGACCUAGGAAACUGGCGAUAUUGGUUGCAAAUAACCAGCUCGGACGGUAGGGAAUGGCUCGGACAAGAAGUUGUGGCAGACAUCAACCCUGUCUUCAACUUCGAAUAUCUGUCGGCCAUAUUCAAUCACUAUACUGAUGAUGGUUCCGCUUACUCCUGGCUACUACGAUUCCCGAACCAACAAGUCCUCGAAAACUUCCAAGAAGGGAUCAUGCAAGCACUAUGGGAGCAACUCAAUGAGAUGAAGUGGUCCAAGGUUCAGGAGACCGAACGAGAAUAUGUGUUUGAAGCCUUCAACGACAUCACUUUGGACGAUGCUAAAGCGGAAGAAGAAGAAGAGGCCGAAGAGGAAGAAGACGACGAGGAAGAAACAGAUGGCGGCCAACAGAGUGAGCACUACGAUACAGACGAAUCGGAAGACGAUGUGGAGCUCGACAACAAGGACGGAAACGUCAACUCGCAACUGGCUGUGGGAACCAAGCAUGAUCGAUCCUUCGUCGUUCGAGGCUCCAAGAUUGGUGUUUUCAAACACCUGCCAAAUCGCCAUCUGGAGUUUACCACCAACAUCUCCAAAGUGGAAACACCCAAAGGACGACUAUUCUCACCAACCAAGGUUAUGCUGCAUUCCGAAGACCAGAACAUGAUUCUGCAAGACGACAAGAACCCCAACUCGCUAUACCGUAUGGAUCUUGAGUAUGGCAAGGUUGUCGAUGAAUGGAAAGUCCAUGAUGAUAUUCCGGUAACGAACUUUGCACCCGAAACAAAAUUCGCCCAGCAAACAUCUGCGCAGCCGUUCAUUGGGCACAGCAAAAAUGCGCUCUUCCGAAUCGACCCUCGUGUUGCUGGUAACAAACUUGUGGAAAGUCAGUUGAAACAAUACGUGUCAAAGAACGACUUUUCUGCAGCAGCCACCACUGAAAAGGGCCACAUCGCCGUGGCAUCGAACAAGGGCGACGUCCGUCUCUUUGACCGUCUCGGGGUCAAUGCCAAGACACAUAUUCCGGCUCUGGGAGAGUCGAUCAUUGGCCUCGAUGUCAGUGCGGAUGGCCGAUGGAUCCUAGCGACGUGUCGAACAUAUCUGCUUCUCAUUGACACUCUCCAGAAAGAAGGCAAGAACGAGGGAAAGCUUGGGUUUGAAAGAUCCUUUGCCAAAGAUAGUAAGCCACAGCCUCGGCGGCUUGGGUUGAGUCCUAGCCACGUUGCGCAGUUCCAGCACGAAACCGGUGCCCCAUUGUCGUUCACCCCAGCGAGAUUCAACACGGGCCCAGGCAGUACCGAAACCAGUAUCAUCACUUCUACGGGACCCUUCCUUGUCACAUGGAACCUUAAGAAGGUGCUUGCCGGCAAUAAAGACCCGUAUCAGAUCAAGCGUUAUAGUGCAGAUGUCAUGGCGGACAACUUUGAAUUCGGAUCGGACAAAAACGUCAUCUUGGCAUUGCCCAACGAGGUCGACAUGGUGAGCCGGAAGAGUUUCAAGAGGCCCACUAGAGAAAGCAUUGCCGGGCCGCCGGCGCGGGUCAGUGCUGGGUUAAUGACACCAAGACGCAGUGGCAGACAGAGCCAUUUGCGGAACGAGAUCGUCAAUAGUCCUUAUUAGCUCAUGGGACAGCGUGUGUUUGAGUGGUGAGUUUGGAGCGAAGGACAGCGUUGGACAGAUUUGCGUGACCAGAGCGAGGUGCGCUGCGACUGGACUUGAUAGGGACUGAGGCACAACUUUCAUCAACUUCCCGUUUGUGUUUGUUAUUUGGAUGGCGUAUGCUGGAGAAGGCGAUGAGGACUUGCAUUCAGCAGGGUUGUUUUCCUGUGUCUAUCAUGACACAUGAGGCAGAGUCUAGCCCACUUGAGUCGAUUCGAUACCCCUAGGCUUGAUUUUGCGCAGAGCUGGCGAGGCGACGGUUUUUAAUUAGUCAGUACUACUAGUAUAAUGGGAAUUGCUACAAUAGUCUCAAUCAGUA